AUGCAAACCCCGGCCUCCAUGGUGAUGGGCAUCGUGUUCGCCCCUCUGGGCCUGGUGCUGGUCUUCAUGGCAGCCAUCACGCCCCAGUGGAGGGAGGGGCAGACCCAGCUAGUGGGUGUGGCCGGGGCCGAGCCCCGCCUCCUCCUGCGCACCGAUGGCCUAUGGGAGAGCUGCCUACAGGUGGCCCACUCGGAAUUGAAGCAGUGCUGGCCAGUAGAAGGCGCCUACCAGAGCGACCCACAGGUGAGGCUGGCGCAAGGCCUUGUGCUCAGCUCCUUGUUCCUGUGUGGUGCCGGCAUUGUGCUGGCCAGUGUGGGGGUGAGGUGCUGGACCGACCUGCCUCUGAGAAGCGUGGUGGCGGCGGGAGGCCUGCUAGUGGCGCUGUCAGGCCUGCUGAGUCUAACCGCCCUGGGGGUGUACACACACGACCUUGGAAUACUGGGGAUGGAGCAGACACCCCCCCACAGACCUCAUCAUAGGCUGCCACAGCUCACUCUCCACCCGGCCGGGUCGCUCUACUUCGGCUGGGUGGGGGGAUGUGUACAGGUGGUGGGGGGGGUGGCGCUACUGCUCAGCUUCAAGAUUCGGCCCAGAUGUCCCUCCUGCUCACAGCUGAAGAACAAGCAGGACACAGAGGUGUACGACGUCAGCUGUUAG